AAAUAUCGACGUUUUGAUGAUUACGUACAGCGUGACGUCAACGACGCAAAUCCCGUUCUCUCUCUUCGUAGCCGACGUCACUUUGCGUAGCUCGUGCGUUACUCGCUGCGACAUUUGAACGCCAGACAUCGCGGCGCCCAGUUUUGUGAAAUUUAAAAAUUAUGCUUAUCCAUGAUCCUGGUCACUAAAUCCUACAAAAACAUCACUAUCGUCUCAGUCAUAUGUUGUUUAUUUAAAAAUAUGGGUAUGCAUACGCUUAAUGCAUAUGAAAUUUGUCGAUUUUUGUUUUUGCAUACUUCCUCCGACACCGAUAGAUACCGUAGCAAUUGGUAAUACGUUAGGCCUGAAACCUGUAUCUAUACGAUCAUAUUGAUUAGAUAUGUCUGUUUACGAUCGGCAGAUGAUAAUAAUAUCUUUAACAGGUGAGCGUAGAACUCUACAUACAUGCACACAGCAGGAGGUUGGACCACAUACAGUGAAACGAAAGCGAGGAUCGAAAGUCACACCGGGCAGGAACCUCUGCCGAGCCGAUCAACGGGGAGCUCUGAGAAAAUCAGAAAAUAUGAAAAGUGAUAAUCAAGACGAAACCUGCUCUGCUUGUGGAUUAUGGAAUGAUCCAAAUGGAAGUACGGAAAUUGAGGAUGAAUGGGUCGGUUGCGAAAGCUGCAGCGAAACACAUUGGUUCCACAAGAACUGUUGCAAAGACCCGUCUAACCCAUGUGGAAAUGAAUACAAUUCUUGAUUUUGCCAGCGUUUCCUUCAAUUCAUCUGUUUAUUUUUAACUGUCGAAUUUUUGUUCAUUCUUUACUUGUUCCAUAUUGCAUUUCAAUUUCAACCUACACCAGUGUUAGGUACUUUCAAUUCUUCCGUUUUUUUUUUGUGAA